AUUUGUUUGAAGAGACAUUUGCUCUUCCCAAACAAAAGGACUCAUUUGUGUCACUAAAUGAUCAGGCAGGGGAUGAAAUUAGAAAAUACAAAGAGGCAAAUCCACUGGCUCUCACUAGAAAACCACUCUGCUGGUGGAGUGAGCACCAGGCUGCUAUCCCCUUACUUUCUAGCUUGGCCAGAAGUAUCCUGUGCAUCCCAGGUACCAGUGUAGCUGCAGAGAGGGUGUUCUCCACUGCAGGAGACAUCAGAGAAGUGCUCUUUGACCUGAGCAUGUUGAGCAUGCACAAAAACCUGAAAAUGUGUUAA